UGGAGCACGCUGAAUCUUACGAGCUGUAUACUUCUUGCAUUUAAAGAGCUGAAAGUCGCGCAGUAGAAUUUAGUAGAAUUAAAAUUAUUGUGGUCGCGUAUAAAAUGUUCGAAGCACAUAGUAUUAAUGCAGAACAUAAAGAUUUAAUUCAUGACAUUGCUUACGAUUUUUAUGGAAAACGUAUGGCAACUUGUUCCAGUGAUCAAUUUGUCAAGGUUUGGGAUGAAGACGAACAUGAAAAUUGGCAUUUGACAGCAUCAUGGAAAUCUCACAGCGGAUCAGUGUGGAAAGUAACAUGGGCACAUCCUGAAUUUGGACAGGUGCUUGCGACUUGUUCCUUCGAUAGAACAGCAGCUGUAUGGGAGGAAAUUAUUGGAGAAGGCUCAGGGCCUGGAGAACGAGGAAUGCGGCAUUGGGUUCGCCGAGCAAACUUAGUUGAUUCACGGACAUCUGUAACUGACGUAAAAUUUGCACCUAAGACUUUGGGUCUUUUACUAGCAACGUGCAGUGCGGAUGGAGUUAUUAGAAUAUAUGAAGCUCCUGAUGUAAUGAAUUUAAGUCAAUGGACUCUACAGCACGAUAUUAGUUGUAAACUUCCUUGCAGUUGUUUGACAUGGAAUCCAUCGUUAUCAAGGUUACAUCCACCUAUGUUGGCAGUUGGAAGUGAUGAUUCGAAUACCUCAACUGGUGGUAAAGUGUUUAUUUAUGAGUAUUCUGAAAACAGCAGACGUUGGACUAAAACUGAAACAUUAUCUAAUAUUGUGGAUGCGGUUCAUGAUAUUGCAUUUGCUCCUAAUUUGGGGCGAAGUUUUCAUACAUUAGCUGUAGCUACGAAAGAUGUGCGAAUUAUAACGUUAAAACCAAUACAGGAUACAGUUCAAAGUGGCUUAUCCCGUUUUGAAAUAACGACAGCUGCUCAGUUUGAUGACCAUUACUGUACAGUAUGGCGUGUGUGUUGGAAUAUAAUGGGAACGAUCCUAGCCAGUUCAGGAGAUGAUGGUUGUGUCCGAUUAUGGAAAGACAAUUAUAUUAAUAAUUGGAAGUGUGUUGCAGUUUUAAAGGGGGAUGGUACUUCGGCUCAAAGUGCCGAAACGCCUUUGUUAGCGACACCUCCAAACCAUUCCAUUGGAUCUCAACAACCACUUUCGACCACCAGGACAGUAACUAUUACAACAGUUAACACAGAGAAACCUACACCAACUAUCAUCGCUAAUAAAUGGCAACCACCAGUUACAAAAGGCCGUUUUAGUAAGUCUGUAUGGUUGGGAAAUCCAGGUGAACCAUCACCUCCUCCACCUCCUAUUUUAGACAGAGCAAAAUUGAAAAAAUAAAUAUACAGUGAUUCGCUCAACAUGUAUAUAAAUAUACCAUAGCAUUCAACAACACAAUGCACUGCAGUACAAAUAUUUUUCAGCAAUAAUUUAUUAAAGUAACAGCAUUUCUGAAAAUGACGCAAAGACCGCAUUAAGUUAUAUAUUUAAAAAAUGAAUAUCAAAUAGAAAUUUACAUUGUAUUUUGAAAUACGCAACUACUAAGUUUCAUUUUAAGACUAUUUACGAGUGACAUAUCGUUUCUUAAAAAUCUAAUUUUAAUUAGAUUUCACCAUUUUAUUUACACGCAAUUUAAAGAAAAGCGUUUUCCUUAGAUAACAAAAUAUUCAGUAUUAUAGAGUAGUGAGAUCUAGUAUUUUUUUUUUAUUUUGUACGGUAUCUAGUUAUUAUUAUAACAUAUAUUUAAAACCCACCUGUUCUAGGACGUAAGCGCUGCUAUCGAGAGUAACAUUAUUUGUUUAUAAGGUUUAAAUAUUUUACUUGUGGCGAUAAAUUAUGCGGAAUAUAUUACGUUAGAAAAACGCUGUAAUGAUAAGACGCAAUACAUUAAAUGUACUUAUGAUGAAUUCGCGCAUGUUUAAAAUUAAUUAUAACACAAGUUAAGAUUAUCGUAAAAUGCGUGACAUUUGGCAUCAAUGAUAUUCGAUAAAUAAUCAGAGAAUUGGUAUUACUUCCAAAUGAUUUGUGUUUCUAUCAGCUGCUUUCAUUCACACAUUCUUUCAUGUAAACAUGGAUGCAAUGGUUUAACUUUUUGUUUCUUCGAUAGCCCAAUCCGAAUAGUUGGUUUAUGAUCAUUUAACUUAUUCUCCUUGUUUCUUUGUUUCUCAUAUGUACUCUCUAAAAAUGAAAACUGCAAUUGCAUUAACGUAACACUGUAAAGGGAUUGAUAAUUAAUAUUUAGUGACAAGUAUAUUUUACCGUUGAUAAAGUUCCAGUUAAACAUUUUAGUAUUCUCUUGUUGAGCGUUAAUUGCGUGCUUCUUUCGUUUCUCGUGAUUUACGAUGGAGGUUAUACUCAGAUUUCUUUUUAAAUCUGUUACGUUAUCUAUUUCAACAUCAUCAAUCAAUGAUUUACAUGUUUUAGAUGAUAAUUGUGGGUAUAGAGAUGGAAAUUCUGAAUGACAUGUUAUUGGCUUGUCCAACUUGUAUCUAUUUAGGUCAACUUCAAGGUAUAACGCUUGUAUUUUGCGUUUUCUUGAAAUUUUAUUCACAAUCGGGAUUUCGUUGCUCAAAAAGAAUUGUAGGCACUCGCAAGAGUGCCAUAACAUUUGAUGUCGGGUCGGUGUUUGUUGAUCGGUUCCCUUUCCAUUUUUAGAGUCAUUUAUUGGAGAUAAAGUUAGAGUAUCAGUCGACCUCGAUAAAGGCUCUGGUUCC